AUGUCGUGCAAAACACUCAUCGAUUUCGUCGUGAAAUACCACAAGCCACGGCUAUUAAACAACGUUGUAUGUUUUCCUAGCAAUGGAAAUUCGUUCUUUGGAAGGCGAUUCAUCAUACCAGUAGCUCCACUCUCAAGCUCUACACCAAAAAUUCAGUCUCCCAGAAAUUUUAGCACCACUGUUACAAAAUUUAACGAAACACAACUAACAAGCGAACCUAAAAAAACUGAGGGAAAAUUCCAACUUAUGUUCACAUGCAAGAAAUGCAACACCAGAAAUUCAAAAUUUAUAACAAAAUUGGCUUACUACAAAGGUGUUGUUAUUGUUAUAUGUGACGGGUGUGAAAAUAAACAUCUAAUUGCUGAUAAUCUUAAUUGGUUUACCGAUAUGAAUGGUAAAAAGAAUAUUGAAGACAUAAUGGCUGAAAAAGGAGAAACUGUUCAGAAAAUUUGCUCUCAGGAUCUGGAGUUUAUUGCAAAUGAAAUUGUUAGUAAUAUUGAAACAAAAGCUUUAGAUGGAUAA